AUGGUUUGGGUCGUCGAAAUGGUUUGUCCUUUCCAAAGCAUUCAUGAAAUGAUGAAUUCCAACAAUUACCGUCCUAACGCUUUCGCACAUAUUUCCACUUUGAAUCAACAAGUUAUCAAAGCCAAUUAUGCAGUACGUGGUCCUUUAACAGUUCUUGCCGAGAAAAUCCAAAAUGACCUGUUGGAAGAUUCUAACGAUUAUCCAUUUGGAGAUAUAAUUUACGCAAAUAUCGGUAACCCGCAGCAGUUUGGGCAACUUCCCAUUACAUUUAAUCGUCAGGUUUUGUCCAUUUGCCAGUAUCCAGCUUUGCUAGACCAUGCCAAUGAACCAUGGUUCAAGAGCAUCUUUCCUAGAGACGUUGUUGAGAGAACAGAAUUACUAUUGAAAGAGACUGGAAGCGUAGGAGCUUAUAGCGCAUCUCAGGGAAUCCCAAUUGUUCGCAAGCACGUAGCAGAAUUUAUUCAGGAACGUGAUAACUGCGCUUGUCAUCCAGACGACAUUUACUUGACGAGUGGGGCGACACAAGGAGCCAGAAUUAUCAUGACAUUGCUCAUCUCUGGACCGUCUGAGGGAGCCAUGCUCCCCAUUCCCCAGUACCCUCUUUACGGAGCUCUAAUGGAUCUUUUUCAUGGAAAAUCCGUAUCGUACUAUCUAUCUGAAAAGGACGACUGGAAUGUGGAUGUUAAGCAAUUCAAACAAGCCUAUGAAGAGGAAUCGAAGAAGGGAACGAACAUUCGCCUUUGCGUUUUUAUCAACCCUGGAAAUCCUACAGGUGCUUGCAUGACAGAAGAAUCUAUCGAAGAGAUGCUUCGCUUUGCGAAAGCAAAAGGUCUCGUCAUCAUCUCGGACGAAGUCUACCAAAACAAUAUUUUCAGGAAGGAAUUCACUUCGUUUCGUAAAGUAUUAUGUGAGCUUGAGAGACGCGAGCCGAACUCGAAUUGGGACAAGGUCUCUCUCAUCUGCAUUAACUCUGUCAGUAAAGGACAGUUUGGUGAAUGUGGACAACGAGGAGGCUACAUCGAUACCAUGAACAUUCCGCCCAUCACCAAGGACCAGAUCUUAAAGUUGGCAACUAUAGACAUAUGCCCGCCGGUGACAGGCCAACUGCUUGUUGAUUUGCUUGUACGACCUCCCAGGGAAGGAGAACCCAGUUACGGGUUAUAUUCUCAAGAAAUAGAGAAGAUUCACAGAGACAUGGAGAAACAAUGCCAAUUUCUCUAUGAGGCUACCAAACGUAUGAAAUUUGUCACUUGCCAAAAGCCUCAUGGUGCCAUGUAUUUGCAUCCUAAAAUUUGUUUACCCAAAAAGUUGGUUCGAGAAGCAAACGAGAUUAACAUUGAGCCUGAUGAGUUAUACUGCUUACGGAUUUUGGAACGUACUGGCGUAUGCUUAGUUCCAGGAAGUGGACUUGGCCAAAGAGAAAAUGAGUAUCAUGUUCGAAUAACAUUUUUGGCAAAAGGAGAUGAAUAUGUUGAACGCUUUAUUGAAGCCCAUAAUACAAUAAUGGAUGAGUAUGAAGAUUAA